AUGGCAGCGCCCACUUAAAAACAGUCAAAACAUAGUAUUAUGAUUAUACCUGAUCUUCUUGCAAGUUCUAGUAGGCCCUACUUAGUGACUAAACGCUUCCGUUUGCUACGAUGUUUAUGAUGCUUCCGUCGUAUAUAUUUCUGUUUGUGUGGUAGUUUCAAUACCAACCAAUUGAACCAUGCUUACGACUACGUGUGGUUACAGGGCUUUUGUGAGGCACAGUCAACCGACAGUGCAGACUAGCAUUAUUAUGAAUAGGACCAUCUCACGAGCAUCUCUGAGAGCAAACACUCAUUACGAUGUGUUGGGCGUUUCAAGAACUGCUACUCCUGCGCAAAUUAGAGAAGCAUUUAUUUCGCUUUCAAAAAGGGUGCAUCCGGACAAGAACAUGGGUGAUUCGUCGACACAUGCAAAGUUUAUCGAAAUUAACGAAGCUUACACGGUGUUGAGUGACCAAUCAUCCCGUCGUCUAUACGAUUUGGGGCUGUACAGUGGAUCAACUGCAGACCGUCCCAGUGACAACUAUAGCAGCGCAACUACGCAAGGACCAUUUUACUACCACCGACACUCUGGUGUGAAUGAUUUUGGUGGAAACUCUGAUAAAUUUCAUGAUGCAUCCUUUUGGGAGAAUCGUAAAAAGUCAGAAGACAAAUUUUAUAGAAAUAAGUCAUAUUACGGUAUAAAAGGAUUACCUAGGUUACCAAACUUUGUCAUUGUCAUAGGAAUCUGCAUAUUUAUUUUGGGUGGUGUAGUGGCACAUUAUAUUGCCAUACAAAUGACAACAAGGUACAGGAUAAAAAGAAUGGAUGAAUUGCACGAAGUUUACUCUAAGACGUUAGGUGAUGUCCAACAACAAGCAAAAUUGCAUUCGAAGGAGCUGCAGCUAGAACGUGUGGCUGCACGUGUCACUGAACAGGCCAAGCAGUAUAGAAAGGCACGGGGCAGUAGCAAUGAUUGAUGAAAUUCACGAAAGUUUUUCUGCUUAGCUGCUAAAAGUCAUAGUAUCAGAAGAAAUAUAGUAGUGUCUAUGUUAUCACUCAAUUAGGAGCUUUUUAACGAUAUGCUAUGUAUCAAUGUAGCUUAAAAAUAACUCUAAAUAUGUCUACACUGAAUACAGAACCAGAAUGCUGCUUUUAACAUUAAUUUCAGUCAAAUUGAAUUAUGGCAGCUACUCAUUCCUUGCUUAAUCUUAAUGAGAAAUAAAAGGAAAACUUUAUGUUGUAAACUGCA